AUGAUGAUGAAAGAUGCGGUUGAAGACGAGGAUGCUGAAGAAACCCCUGGAUUUGGACCUUGGACUUGGAAGCUCAAUGCCACGAGAGGGGCCGCUACGCCGUUAUCGACCGGAGGCAAGACUUUGAGCAAAGCAAAAUAUAUACCCGAUGAUAUACCUUCACGUUAUGAAGCUGAGAGACUACAAACCGCAAACAAUCCAGAUUUCGAAGACGGUCCUAAGGACAGUAAAGGCACUCAUAAGAGGAACGUGCAUAAUGCGUGUGGGAGCGAUCAAACUAGUGUGACUAGGAAGGAUGAGUUGGAGGAGAAGAAGAAAGUUGAAGGGAAGGCGCCGGAGAGUAAGGUUGGUGCUUAG